AUGACAUUCGAAUGGUCUAGGCGAGGCCGCGGACUGCCUGUGAAUCGACUCCGAACAUCUCAAGGCGCACACAAUUUAGCCAGGAUCUCAAGUGGAUUGACCCAAGGACGAUCGUUUUCAUGGGCCAUCUGGCUCCCAUUACUAGUCGGUAUUCCCUCAUCCAUGUUGACCAUACUUUGGGUACUAUCCACGCCCGGGUCAUCCGCUUUUUACACCAAGUCUCAAGCUACUAUUGACUUUCUGGAAUCAUGCUCCGAUCCGACAGCUACGAACAUCACAACUCACGCCGCGUAUCAAGUCUUUUUCGUUGCAUGCGAUGCAGUGCAGAAUCGUAUGAACGCAGACAUUGGAGGUAUCGGCAUCAGAAUCUCGCUCUAUGUCUCAUUUUUGGUGACCAUAUUCUCAUCUUUCCUUGGACACUUUCACCAGGAGAAGACAGCCGUCAAGGACAUUGGUACUGCUCAGCUUACUUCCAUGCUAUCUCUAGCAUUCGCACUGCUCAGGUCUUAUACAGCUUUGACCUUCUGGCAGCUAAUGGUCGCCGUCAUGUCUCUU